AAAUUUCUUUGUCUCCCGUGUACGCAAGCAGCUCCCCAUAGAGGACGACGACGUCGAUCGGUUUCUCCCGUGUACUGCAAAGUUUGUUCCCAUUUGGAAACUCAAAUCGUACCCGUUGGAAAGCGGAAACUUGUCCUAGCGACGUGUGACUACAUUUGCGAGUGCAAUUGGACCUGAGUGCGCGUCACUGAGGUGGUCCUCUAGCAAUAGUUUUCAGUUAUUUGCGGGCCAAGAAAAAAAACCUUUGGGCCGUGUAAAAACAACCACGAACAUUUUUCACGUACGGUAUGAUCGUGUGUGCGCGCGGGUGCAAGCGAGAGGCAAGCGGUUUUGCGGUACGUGCUUUAGUGGUAUGAGUGAAUCGGUGUUGCGUACGCGAAAGAGAAGUUUGAUGCCAAAGGAAAUAUACAGCAGACAGCAGUGUUGCCUGCGAGUGUUCCAUUCAGCAGAUCCCGUCGGCUCCGUACGACGACGACGCCCGUGUCAAAGUGACGAAAGUGUCAGUGAACGCUGCCAGCCAGAAUCGCAGUGUGCGUGUGCAUUUUCGGUACGGUUUGGCUUAAGUUGGCAGUAUUGUGGUUUGCAUCGAAUGUAGAGAUGUGAACCUGCGAACGAUCGGAGCGAAUGAGAAAGAAGUAAAAGAAAAAAAAACCGAUACACAGGCUGACCAGUGCUAGCCGCAGGGAGAAAGCUUGGCCCAUCGGACCGAAUGCAAUGCUGAAUGGUUGUUUCCCGAAUGGAAUGCUACUGGCAGAAUUUUGCCUGUUGGACGCAGCGAAAGAGCUCUGAAUAAUCAUAGCAAGUCGACUGAAUUCUGAUCGGCUGACGUUCAUUUUGCACGGCAGUGAAGUGAUUAGAUGAGGAGUUAGUGGCAGCAGAGUGGUGUAGAGUGUUAAUAACCUCUUGAUGUGCAAGUUUUCCCCCCGUCUCUCUGUCCUUGUACAGCUCGUGUAUUCCGGUCGCUCCAUACAAGACAGCUAUGAGGGAGAAAUCGGUUUUGACUGACACUUGAAUAAGUUAACAAACAGGCGAGCGGAAAUUUUAAAACUUUGAACUGGAACUGUUCUGUGUGGAAGAUUAACAUACAUUACGGAAGUGUGUCGCCAGAACACCUUGAAGAGUAUCCUUUCGCGAGUCCAGCCGUGCGGUCGGUAUUCUGUCAGCCAGCCUCUGUGUACAAACACAGAGCGCACACGCGUGCUAGUGGGACUCGCUGGAACGGGACAGUAGUUGGCAGUGUUGGUGUGGCAACUGGUGAAGGAUAAGUAGCGUGUGAUGUUUUGCAUGAAGCCGAUUGCGCUGCAAUAGUAGUAGUAGUAGUGCCAGCGAGACGCGUUGCUUACAGCUGUAGUGGUUUCCGUGCUUGUACGUGCUCUGCUGCUCGCUACAUCGGUAUAAUAUUUUACAAUCGUUUCCCAAAAUAGUGUGUAUAAUUGGAAAAAUCAUGUUUUUCUAAGCUGUCGCGAUAAAACGAAAAUCUAGCAUCGAUCCAGCGGAAAAUCACAGUAUAAACAAGUAACAUAAACAGUGACUACCAGAUUCGGGAUAAUUUUUCCGAAAAAUUCAAACGACGAUUAAUUGUGCAAGUUCCGUGUGCAAAUCGGGCUCCGCGAGAAUCCAAAUCGCUGCUCACCAUUUGAUGAACCCAAAGAAGAGGCCCUUCACGGUAAAAGUGUGCAUUAGACCCAGAACGGGAAAGUGAAUACAGACAGAGCGGUUAGCAAACACACAAAAAACUACCCACAAGGCGAAACGAAAAGACGAAAAAAAUCCCAUCCAUGAGCAAUGGAAGCAACUUAAAUUACAGUGGAAACCUAGUCCGGUCGUCAUAGGUUCGAACUUCUCAGAUGAAGAGUGCGAGAUUUUUUGCUGACCGUUUGUUUUAUUUUUCUUUUGUCCAGCUUGUGUAGUUCGUGGAAGUCACGCACGGUAUACAGACGACGACGACGGCCAGGAAAGUGAGGAAUGUGUUCCGCCAUUGAAAUAUAGUUUGGGGCCCGCUUUUGCGAAAGUGUUUACUCGUGUACAAGACGGCUUCCGAAAAAAGUUUGAUCCGGUCGGGACAACCUUUGAUAAAUCAGUAAGAAUCAACACGGUUCGAUAUUACGCAGGAAGUAUUCCGGAUCCUCCGUGCGAAGCGUUCAUUCAUCAGUGUAUGUGUGCGUACGUGUGCAUGUAUUUUCCUUUCGCUGAAGCGAAGUGAAAACGGGAAAAGUAAUAGAAUAAGGUGCUGAAUAAUCAAUCAAAUGGGAUGCCAAACAGCGGGCAUCCAUCGAUGAAGGAUAAGAAGCAGGAAGAAAAUCCGAAUCGUAAGCGCACAGGCCACAAAAGCUUCUCUCGGAAAUAUCUGCCAACAGUGUUGUGUGCGGUGCCUGUAUAUUAUUAAUUGUGUGUACUAGUGUGCGUGUCCGUCUCUCCAUUGUUAUCUGAAAUCGAUUGACGACAUCGCGCUUGUCAACUGCUCCUUGAUAAAAAAGUGGUAUAAUUUGUUGGCCCAUGGCGUAACGAAAUUUGCCUAUCAGUGAAGAAGGUAGUGCUUAAACAGGCUUAAGAAAAAAAAAGUUCCAAUCAAAUGUUUGUGAAGCAACAGCAACAAAAAGCAGUGGUCCCCCGUAGUCAAUAAUGUGUCCCAGGUGUUGCGGGGUCGAGCCAUGGAAAUAGAUGUGAAGCAGAGUAAGCAGCGCAACAAACGACGGGAACGGGCCCAACGUAUGAUAGCCGAGCGGGAUAAGGAUGCCGCCACCGAUGGUGCUGCUGUUACGGCUGGUGGUGCUAGUACCGUGGGAAGUACCGGUGGCCCUGGCGGCAUCGAUCCAGACGACAGUGCCGACGAGGACAUGCCGGUAAGCCGGGAAAAACCUCCACGGCCUACGGUUCGUCGCAAGCGGAAGGAGAAGGACCCUUCACCCAUUCUCGAGGAAGACAUUAUUGAUGGUUUCGCGUUCCUCGCGUUCAAGUCGUACGAGGACCUAGAGUUCGCCAUCAAAAUCGCCAAUAAGCGCAACGAGAAGCGCCUAUCGUCGAUUGUCGAGCUGACGUCGAUCAUGGUGGACGACAAACCGCCAAAAAUUAUCGACACGACCGCUCAGAAGCUCGACCAGCAGAAGGCUGCCGAAGCGGCUUGGAAUUCGGCGGCUGCAGCGGCUACUGCUGCGGGAACGGUUCCCACUAAUAAUGGAACCGGUGCCGUUCCGUCAAACGGUACCAACGGCACCGCUGCCGGACCGGGCGUUAUGAAUGGCGGCAGCUGCGGUAGUAGUAGUAGUAGUAGCAGUAGCACCAGCAGUUUAAGUAGCAGUCUAGGUGCCGCUAGCAGUGCUGCCAGCGGCUUGGCUGUUGGCAGCAGCAACAGCAACGGAAGCAGCAGCAGUAGCCUCAGUGCGCUCAGUUCCGGUAUCAGCAGUAGCAGCAGCAGUAGUAGCAGUAGCAGUAGCGGUAUCGGAAGCAGUAUUGGAAGCAGUGCGGUUAGUGUGAAUCACACCAACCACAACCUUUCGCUGCCACCGAACGUCGAUCCAGGCACCUCGGACGACAGUGGCCGAGCCUCGGAACGACUCACCACCUCGUCGGUGGCCCAGCGGGAUGCGGACAGCUCGCGGGACCGGCUAAGCGAUGCCAGCAGUCGGUGCAGUUCCGGCAAAGGAUAUAUCUGUGAUAGUGAGGGAGACGAUGAUAAGGGUUCUGAUGGAGGGUCAGUUGUGUUCGCAUCCACGCCCCAGACGCAACCGGCGCAGGUGGUGCCACCGGCAGUGGGAGCGGCGGCUCCCAGCCCAGCGGUACCUCGUAAGUCGGACUUCCCACCGACCGGGCUACCGCUCAGCAAUGGUCCGCUGGCCGGACUGGCCGGCAGUGCAAGCCCGGUUCCGGUUCCACCCGGAGCUACCAGUACAGGCCCUGCUCCACCGGCACCAUCCCCAGCGCCCGCAGCGCUUCCACCUCCCAGCCUGCCACCGCCUUACCCCACGACACCGAUGCAGGUAUCGAAUGGCCCGAUAGGAGGAACCCAUCUGACCCCGAUAGGCGGAGGGCAUCCUGCUGCGGUAGCGUCACCUCAGUCGCAGCAAGCCGUGGCGUCACCUCAGCAACCGCAGCCGCCUGCUUCUCCACAGAUAGCGGGUCUAAGUGGUAAACCGCUGCUACCGACGGCUUCGGCAAAGAUUCCAGCGGCGAGUGGAGGUAGCGGCCCGUUGGGUGUUACAUCUGCUACGGCGACAGCGACAGCAGCACUAUCAACCAUUGGUGGCAAGCAAGGUUCGCCACAAUCCCCCCUGCAGCAGCAGCAGCAACAAGCCAUUGGAUCGGUGCAGUCUCCCGCAAUGCAGCAGCCACCGACUCCUCAAUCUCAGCCACCACCGUCGCCUCAACAGCUGCCUCAGCAGCACAACAGCAACAGUAACAGUAGCAGUAGUGGCAACACUGGUGGUAGCGGGAAGCCUUCAUCGGUUCCGAGUUUUAUCGGAGCUGGUUCCUCAUUUGCACCUUCAACGACUGCUUCGGCUCCCUUACCGAAUGGUCUACCACUAGUAACAGGACCAACCAAUCUGUCGAAUAGCUUGGGACCAACCAGUGGUGGUCAGCCGCUGCAUAGCAAUAGUAGCAGUAACAGUGCAGCUCCUUCAUCACUGCCGUUGAAUAUACCGCACACACCCCCUGCAGCUACUCCCGCCAGUGGUCAAAGUCCUGCUAUCCAUCCGUCGGUGGAAAGCUCCCUGGCAGCACUGCGAACUCACAGUCCCGUAGUGGCAACAAGUGUUGCUCUCUCGGCAGCCGUUACCCCAACUGGUCUGUUGAAUGGAUCUCAUAUGACCCAUCCGGGAAUGCCACCAUCGGCUUCAAUGAUGAUGCAGAACGGUAUUGGUAGUAUACCUCCUCACUAUCGUACGGCAUACCCCGGUUAUCCGCCUCUGUACGCUCACUACGGCACUUACGGUAAUCCAUAUCUAUCACCAUCGGUGGCCCCACCGAAUCUUUCUCCUCGAAUGCACCCCGUGGGUCCACCAGGACUUGGCGGGUUGCCUCCAUCAAUGAUGGGUCUAGGUUUAAUGGAUUCCCGGUUACAACCACCGAUGUCCGCAGCCAAUGGAAGUCCAUCACAAAUACGGAGCGAUCGGGACGCAUCGCCGAUGGGUCAACCUCCAACGAAAACCAUGCGGCCUGUCACUCCCAAUACUAACAGCAACGGUAGCAAUAGUAACUCAUCUUCGGCUCCUCCUUCAGCGGCGCCGGGAGGUCCUCCUUCCGGCGCCAGUAGUGGGUCGCACAUACCAUCUCCACACGGAAUGAGCACGGCCGUUCCACCUGGUGCCACACCUCCUACGCACCCCAGCGGUGGUGCAUCGUCGCAUCUUCUGCCUCCUCAUCAUCCUGCAGCCGCAUCACAGCAGCCACCACCGCUCUCUCAUCAGCAACCACCUCCGCAUUUAGUAGGACCUUCCUCGCAUCAUCCGCUGGUGGGAUCACUUCUACCAGUGCUACCACCUGGAAGUCAUCAUUUACCGCCAGCAUCCCAUCACCCGCCCACCAGCAGCAGCAACAACAACAGUAGUAGUAGUAGUAAUAGCAAUAAUACCCAUCCACCACAUCCGGCGGCUUCCAGCGGCAGUAUGACACGAACGCACUCCCCGCGUGGGCAUAGUCCCAAUAGAGAAAGAGAUAGUUAUAGUAGUAACGUAAGUAGUUUAUCCCGUUCUACACCCGGUUCGGCGCUACCGUAUGGCAGUGGGGGCAGCAGUACAAGCAGUGCCAGCACUGGUGGCCCACCCCCGGGUCCAUCUCCAACGCUUCCUUACAGUUCGGCUGGUCCACCUGCACUCUCCUCUCCGGCAGCGAUGUCAUCCGUCUCGUCAGCCUCGUCGUCGAUGCCUACGUCUGCCGUUUCUUCUAGUCUUACCUAUCCUAAACCUUCGCUAGCCACAACCACCAGUUCCAGCAGUAGUCUACAACCAGCAGGUCCUGGUGGAUGGCAUCCAUCGCUGACAGCUUCGGCCGGAAUCCCGCCAUCACAUUCGCCAGCUGCCUCGGCGACCGGCAACUCCAGUGUAAAUAAUAACAGUUCUUCCUCUCAAUCGCGACCAACUCCUCCUUCACCUUCUGCCUCGUCUGCUGGACCAACACCUUCAACGCUCUCUGCCGUACCGCCGACAUCAUUCCCGGUGCCACUGUUCACGGCACCGCUGCCACCUCCGGUCGUCUCGACGGCAUCAACCCCCUCGCAACAAUCGGCACCGUUGCCGUUCUCGGCCGAGUCACUCUUUUCAACGAAAGUUUCCGACCAGGCAGAUAUGUUACGACGUGAAUUGGACAAUCGGUUUCUGGAUCGAAGUGGGCUAAGCUCGGUUCCACAAUCACCGUAUCUGCGGCAGGAACUGCAUCACCACCAGCACCAACACACGCACCUGCACCAGCAUCAACACCAGCAUCAGCAUCAACCAAUACUACCGACAGCGGCGGCUGCUACUCCAGCCCUCUUUCCACCACCGCUCUUCAAAGACGUACCGAAAAUAGGUGCCGUCGACUCACCCUUCUACCGCACCGGACUGGGUAUGCCUGCCUAUCCUGGCUACGGGCCUGGGAUCCUGCAUCCAGGCCUGAGUGGACCAACGCAAUUCGUUCCACCAAGCCAUUUGCAAUCGUUCGUGCCGAAGCAGCAGGCACCUCCGGUUGAUCCCAACAAGAAGAAGACUGGCAAAUGGAAUGCUAUGCAUGUGCGGAUAGCAUGGGAAAUUUAUCACCACCAGACUAAGCAGAACCCGGAUAAAGCCGCCUCCAUGAAGACAGCAUCGGAUAUGCUGCGACCGCCGUCACAUAUGUACCCACCAUCGGCAGCGGCUGCGGCGGCGGCUGCCGGUCUCGUGAGACCACAUGAUCUUCCUACGCCAGCCUAUCCACCAACCGGAAUGCCAGGACGGCCUGGACCAUAUGAAUCGGCACCUCUGCCGCCUAGUUUUAUCAGUUCGGCUGCUAGUCAUUUAGGUGUAUCUCCCUUUGGCCGAUAUGCUUCACCAUACGGUGCUUCGCCCUUCGGUGGAUUAUCACCGUUUUCUCGUGACCUUCCACUCGGAUCUCAGAUGCCCGGUUCGUUACACGAUCCGUGGAGAAGAAUCCUUUCCAGUGCAAUACCACGAAGUGUGGGUACGUACCCGUCGGCACCGCCUCCUGGAGCGGCCGGAGGAUGGCCCCCGGCCAUCAAGCAAGAUCCCAGCAUAGCGGCGGAGACAGCGCGCCGCGAAGCUGAGGAACGAGAGCGGCAGCGGGAACGUGAAGAACGGGAACGAGAACGCCAGAGGCGGGAACGAGAGGAACGGGAGAAACAGCGCGAACGAGAACGAGAGGAAAAGCUACGCAAGGAACAGCAAGAACGAGAGCGUGAACGGGAAAGAGAACGGGAGCGAGAGCGAAAAGAAAAAGAACGACGAGAAAUGGAGCGGCGAGAAAUGGAACGUGAGCGGAUAUUGCAGCAGCAGCAUCAGCGAGAGUCGAAGGCAGCGGCUGCGGCUGCAAGCGCAAAUUCUAUGGUUCGGGAUCGAUCUCCACUUAGAAACGGCACGGAGCUGGACAUUCGGAUCAAAGAAGAGCCACGAAAGGACGACGAAAUGCUUAUGCGGAGUCAAGCGGCUGCUGCGGCGGCCGCAGCUUCCGAUCCUCGCUAUCACCCCUCGAUGAUACCUCACCCGUACAUGGCCAGCCGUCAUGCACAUAUGAUUCCUGGCACCCAGUUUUCACGAUCGAUGCUGCCACCAUCCAUGGGCAUUCCUUCGCAUUUUCCACCCCCUACACCUUGGGGACCUCCGGACCCCUUCCGAGAUUAUCGGUUGGAGUCCCUACACCAGCUUCGCUAUAACCCUCUAAUGGAUGUGUACCGAGCGGAAGAGGCUAAAGCUUCUCUGCUUUAUGCAGCUCAAUCGGCAGCACAUUAUCGAAGUAAAGAGCCCAGUCCGGUGCCACCACCACCCUCCCAUCAUCGAAUGCCACCAGGAGCGCCUGGUGGACCUCCUGGAGGACCACAAGGUGGCGGAGGUCCUCCUGGUAGCCUGAAACCACCCUCCUCGCACCACGGACCGCCCACAAAUGGUCCCGGCCCUGGAGGAUCUCAAGGACCUCAAGGAGGACCGCCACCAGGCUCCGUGCAAGGAAUGCCCGGUGGAGGACCGAUGCCGGUGUCGGUCGAUAUGCACAAAAAGGAAGAUUCCUGCCAGUCACGAUGAUAGUCCGCAGCGUCCGCAUCAUUAAUCGUUAUCGAUGACGAUUGAGGGAGCAGGCAGACAACUGGAAACACAAAAACACUCACAUUAACAUAAGCAUACAUCCAAACCUAAGCAAACACAAGCAGCAAAUCGAAUCAAAAUCGUACUAUCUCGAUGUUAAACAGUUUGCGUGCGUGCAACGCAUACACAAUAGAUGCAUGUGAUUGGGAGGUAGAGAAAUGGUCGGUGACGUAGACGAAUGUUUAAAGUAGAACAACAACUGGUGAUAUUUUUAUCUUGUAAUUAGCGUUACAACAAUUCGACACACACAAAAAGGGGAAAAAAGUGUAAAAACAGCGGUAGUCGGGAGCACACAUACAGAAGCAGAAGCAGAGAGGGAAAUUAUUAGUGAGAUAUUUAAUAUAUAUUCAAAGGAAAAACAAACAAAAAAAUGGGAACGUAAAAAUAAGCCCCAGUUUUCCCACGUUCCGGGAGCAACGGACUGUGUGGCAAACAAAAAUUGUGCAUUUUUUCCAAUUUAGUGGAAAGCUAGAAACCGGAAGCAGCUGUUCUCAAUCAUUAACUGCUAGAAGAGCGGAACCGUGCAAAACACGAAAGGGUCAGGAAAGCGCUUGACCGGCGAGUAAUGGUUUAGUUUAACAGCUACCAAAAACAACACAAAACGAAGGCGUAGCAGGAGGCAGGCUGAAAACCGACAAUUAAGAACAGCAAAAAAGAAAGGAAACCACAAACGCAUGUACUAUAUACCUAUACAUAUAUACAGUGUAAAUGUUAAGUAGUGAUAUUUGUAUAAACAAAAUAAUUUAUAUUAGAAGAGCAACAGAAAAUUACCGAUGUGUUUACGUAGGUCCAAUACAUGUAGGGGCACACUUUUGCCCGCUGUGUUGUAUAUACCUAGUAAUAGUUGCAAAACGAUGCAUGCACACACACAUACAAACAAACCAACACAACAACUCGCUACACAACUAUUCGGGGGGAAAGAUCGAGCAGCAAAACAGUGCACAACAACAAUAACAACUGCUACAACGGAACUCUAUGAGGGAUAAAAUCUGUUUCAGUGGUGAAGUUAGUCAAACGCAUGUUUUGUUUAAUUGGUUUAGGCAUUUUUCCAGCAACUAUUUGUUGUACGCUUUAUUUUUUGCUGGCAAUUUGUGUUCAAUGUUUUAGCCUGAGUUUAUGAUUACUUUUGACUGCAGGUUUUCUUGUUUAUAUCUGGUUACCUUUAAUGUCUCUGUGCUCAAAUUCUGCGGUACGGUACUCCGAAGAAUGCCAUAAUGGAGUAACAAUUGUGUAAUCAUUGUGUUGAAAAAUGUUUUUCAAAUUAGAUGGCUCUUGUUAAUUUACUCCAAAACGAUAAGUUUUGUGUGGUUGGCAACUCACAUGUAUUUUUAUCAUGAAUAUUAGAUGAUAGUAUUAUUCUGUGCUUUAGUAAUGACACAUACUCGCCAAAAAAGAAAUAGAAUUGCAUCUAAAUUAUUGUUACGAUCUGCGAUCCUAAAUUCGGUCACAUCUCAGAACUGGUUCCACACGUGGUAGACGCUGUGAAAAUUAUUGGACUUACUUAAAAACUCAGCUGUCAUUCUGAUGAAAAGACAUGCUUUUGUGGAAGGGUUUUUUUGCGCUGAUUAAUCUGAAGGAAAUAGAUUUGAGUCUAACAAACGUCUUUAAUGAACGGAUGUCGACAGUUGUUUCAUAAUUUACCGAAACAUCAGUAUUUAAAGGAACUUACAGAUUGAAAAAGUAAAAUAAAUUAUUGAACACUUGGAUUGAAAGUAAGUGUGUAGGUGUUUAUCACUACUCAAAGCUGAAAAUCUUGUCACGCUGAGAUAAUUUCUAUAUUAUAAAAUAUAUUUCAAAACAACGAUAUUUCUUGAAAGCAAGUUUUAUUCUCUAAAGUGGAUCAGGUAGCACCAUGGACGAUACUCAAAUCGGAAUAACACAUGUUAGCAAUCAAAUUUGCCAUAAGCCUGUUCAAAAUUAUAAAGCUGGAAGUAACAUAGAUUCCACUUCUAUGUUGUGCUGUGAAUUUCUUCGGAGUACUUAAAAUUUUCACUAUUGGAUACCUCGAGAAGCAGACUGAACACUGAAGUAAGUUUGUGAGUAUGAUAAACAUUAAAAGACUUUUUUUGCAACACAAAAACACAUUUAUUUGUUUGAUUUUUUCACUAACAAUGCAAUGAUACGUUCUUAAAAACGACCACUAGAUAGAGUAGUCAAUGUUUCAUUAUAUUCCCAAAAAAUAGUUCUCAGAGAUAUCUGUAUGUGUGAGUUAGUAGUGAUUCCCUUACACAUAAGCCAUUGUGCAGCACCAGAACCUUGUCAAUAACCAGCGUUGCUUUCAAACGUGUAGAACUGAUUCUAGCCUGUCUGUGCGUGUGCUGCUUAAUUAGAACACACGCACGCGUUCGACUACACCCUUAAGCCGACUAAAGGGUGCUUUUAAAUCAACACAAUUCACAAACAUUGACUCAUUUAUUGUUAAAUCAUACUUUUUGGUUCUUCUUGCCUCCAAAAUUAUCAGUAUUGUUUGUUUCUGUUGCGCAUGUGAAACAUGGAAGAAUCUCAUAAACCAGCAAGGACGGUUUCUGCUUUUUUUAAAUCAUAAAAGUAUAUUCCCCAAUCAGUCCUUUUUAGUAUUGGACGCAAAACCUGUACGUGAACGUUGCAAACUCAUCCCAACAACAAAUGGAUACAAGAAUACGCACUAGGUCACCUUCACAUACAAAAAGAGCGACCAUCAAAAUAACAUCAACAAGAGAAUAGUGAAACUACUCGCUAUUACCCGGCAGAUUGACGAAAAAAUCACAGAAACAAUGUGCAACUCUCGCCUAGGAACUGUUUAUAUGUAAAAUUUUAGCGUGUAGGGCUCUUUUACAAAGCGACGCGAUUAAGAGAAAGAGAAUGUCGAUGUGUAGAAAUUUUCUUCGCAGGCAAACACAUUCUCUUCUCGUCCAACAACAACAAGAAACCCCCUUAACAAAAACCAUUUGAAGAAGGGUCGAAACAAAAGAAAUGGUGAAUGAAAAUUAGGAAGCGCAAGCUAAAGAAAUAAAAAAAGCAAGUAGAAAAGUAUAAUUUUUUUCUAAUAGGUCUAAACUAAAGGCUAAGCUCGAAUGUUUAAGCGUGUGCGCGAGAGAUUGAAUGCGCUGACUCCAGUGAAGUCAGCGUAAUCGUGUAAAAAACAGUGUACGCCAGGUGUAAGAGCGAACUAACGACGGAAACGGUGAUUAAUAAUCAUUAAACAAAAACACACACACAUACAUAUAAAUAUAUAAAUAGAGAUAUGAGAGCUACGAGCAGUCAGACUAAGAAUCGAUGUGAGAGAUAAUUAUUAUUAUUAUUAAUAUUAUAAUUAUUAUUAUUAGUAUUGUAAUUAAAUUGAAACAAGAAGGAAAUAUAAACCGCGAAUAUUUAACGAAAAAAAAAGAAAAUGCAAAACACAAAGAAUUCGGAUUAUAGCGACUAGAAGAAAUUUAACACAAAUCAACAAACAAACAAACGCUGAGCACUCAAAACAAACAACAACGACGCUCAAACAAGCAAUUCCGCCCCCUCCGGAUGAGAGCGCGCAGUGGAAUGAAUUGGCAAGCGUCUUAAAACAAAAAGCAUACAGAAACAUAUGAAACAUGAACUCAACGUGGCAAAACGAGGCCCAGCUUCGGGCACGGCGAGAGGGAAAGCAGCAGCAAGAAAAAAAUAGCGAAAAGCGGACUUUCCACGGUAAAACACUGAGUGUACAACAAAAGCGCAUCAUCGUCGUCUCUGCCCUCGGCAGCGGUCGGUUAGGUUUUGUAGCUUAAUUUAACUACUUUCCCAACAUUUUUUUAUUUAUUUGAUAGUAAUUUUUAAAUAAAACAAUAUUGUGAAACGGGAAACGCCAAUCAAUCAAUAAUUCGUUUUUCGUCGCCUGUCAAUAUUUUUAUUAUUUUCUACGAAUAAAUGCAAAAUAUUUAAAGAUUAUUUUUGCUGAGUUUUUAUUUCGAUCCCUGCCCACCCGCAAAUCCCACUUAACCCAUUGUCAAGGACCGUUUGGUUAUUCGUUAUCUGUUGAUUUGUAUUUUACAAUUGUUAUAGUAAGCAAGCAGCCCCGCGGUUUUGGAAUCGAUCCGAAAGAGUCAUGGCAGAACCCAGGGCCGUUGUGUGUGAUUCAUUCCAGCGAAUAAACAGACAAGAAAAACAUUGAUACAAAAAUGGAAACGACGAGCUGAUGCGGGUGAACAAUAGCGAGAGGGAAAUGGAAGUUAAACACCCAAAAAAAAGUUUACUAAAGAAGUGCAAGCGAGCGAAAGAAAGAAAAAACAAAAACAAACCCUAAAGCAUAGCGAGAGUGUCGAGAAAUUGAUUGAAACAAGAAAAAUAAAACACUUUGUAAUUGUAAGUAACAAGAAAAAAGCGGAAAUCAUUAAGAUUAAAAAGUAAAAUAGUAAGAAAAAAUAAAUAUUUAAAAAAUAUUGAAAUCGUAA